AAAUAAAGCCAUUGCAGACUAUCUCUACUCGAAUGGGUUCCAAGGUGCACUGGAGCAUUUCCAGAAAGAAGCUGGACUGUCACCAGAGAUAGAGAAGAAGUUCAGUGGCCUGCUGGAAAAGCGAUGGACGUCAGUCAUCAGGCUCCAGAAGAAGGUGAUGGACCUGGAGACCAAACUCACAGAGGCAGAAGAGGAGGUCAACAGUGGCGCCCCCACGCGAGACCGCCGCCAGCCAGGAGAGUGGAUCCCUAGGCCACCAGAACGUUAUUGCCUGAGUGGACAUCGCAGUCCGGUGACAAGGGUUGUGUUCCACCCAUACUACAGUGUCAUGGUCUCAUGCAGUGAGGAUGCUACCAUCAGGGUAUGGGAUUAUGAAUCUGGUGACUACGAGAGAUCUCUGAAGGGUCACACUGAUUCUGUGCAGGAUGUUGCUUUUGACAGUUCUGGAAAGUUUCUGGUUUCCUGCUCUGCAGACAUGACUAUUAAACUCUGGGAUUUUAAUGGAUACGAGUGUACUAAAACCAUGUUUGGUCAUGACCACAAUGUGUCCAGCGUGACCUUCAUGCCGUCUGGUGACUUUGUUUUAUCAUCGUCCCGAGAUAAAACCAUCAAGAUGUGGGAUGUGGCCACUGGCUACUGUGUGAAAACUUACACAGGCCACAGGGAAUGGGUUCGAAUGGUCAAGGUUUAUCAAGAUGGAUCCCUGCUAGCCAGUUGUUCAAAUGAUCAGACUGUUCGUGUGUGGGUAACGGCCACCAAGGAAUGUAAAGCUGAGCUUCGGGAACACGAACACGUGGUGGAGUGUAUAGCCUGGGCUCCAGACUCUGCCCAGCCCGCCAUCAAUGAAGCUUCAGGGACAGAGGCGAAGAGUGCCAAGCGUUCUGGGCCAUUCCUGAUAUCUGGCUCUAGAGAUAAGACAUUGAAGAUGUGGGAUGUGAGCGUUGGGCUUUGUCUAUUUACAUUGGCUGGCCAUGACAACUGGAUCCGUGGAGUGGUGUUCCACCCUGGUGGCAAAUACAUCCUCUCUGCGGCCGAUGACAAAACUAUCCGAGCGUGGGACAUCCAGAACAAACGUAACCACAAGGUCUUGCAGGCGCACCCCCAUUUUGUGACAUCGAUUGACAUGCACAGGAAUGCCCCCUACGUAAUCACAGGCAGUGUAGACACCACAGUGAAAGUAUGGGAGUGUCGCUAG